UGUCGUCGUCGCUUUCCUCCGCCUCCUCGUAACGGUCUGCAAGCAGCGCAUUUUACUUGGCGGGCGCACCAGGAGCAGCAGCUUCGCAUGAUACCCGUGCAAGGCGGAUUUCUUCGUCUCGAGCUGUGGCCGACGACCACAGCAUUAUUCGGAUGGCCUCCAGUUCAAGAGACUAUGCCACUAUGCCGACCAGGGGCACGGGCUCGCCCAUUUGCUGUCCCGCCGCUGAUGCCCGGGUGACCUGGGAAAUCGAAGUCUCCACCAGUGCCCAAUUAUCUCCCCACCAUCGUCUCGGACAUCCCAUGUUCGCAACCAUCUCGGCGCGUUUUCAGGGGUGAAGCCUUUGUUCCGUACACUUACCUACUUACUCAUCUUUGACGCAUCUACCCACACACCGAACCGUCGAUGAAGCUUCUGCGUCGAUCUACUAUUGUAGCCGCUUGCGCUUACAAUGUGGUGGAAGUGACCGCCAUACAGAACGCAGACUGGCAGUGGGUGGAAGACAUGAAGGACCUGCCGGCUGGCCCGCCGCCGACGAUUAUCGAUACUGACGGCAUGAUGCAUGCUAACAGCUCGAGCCCAGAAUGGCAAUUCAACCAGUUCUUGAACACUCAUCAGGACGGACAGGAGUAUUCCGCAUCCGGGGUCACGAGCUCGAUGGUAUCGCCCAUGGGGGCCUACGGCCCGAUUCUCGUCGUCUACCUGACCUACGGCGGGCAAGUCCCUUACAAGACGUUCGCAGAAGUCCAGGGGAUGUUCUGGGACGUUCCAGGUCUCAACCAUGCGAUGUACCAUAAUUCGUGGCACCAGGUCAGGGCAUAUCUCUAUCUGAUCGAUACGAUUCUGUAUCGGUUCCGGCUGGCCAGAUCAGACCCAGCUCCGAUAUUCCGACGGUCCGAUGCGGCCCGGUGUUCGCAUGUGCAUCCUAGCGGGGCCGAUCCGAUGUUUUGAUGUGCAUUUUGGCGCCACCGAUCGUAUUCGACACCGUCUUCGUGCCGAUGUGCCCCCAUUCGAUGCACAUUCCGAUCCGAUCCAGCUUCCCGAUUCGGUGUCGAUUGAUCCUCUUAGGUGUGGCUUGAGUCCUCGGAUGUCGAUUUCAUCCAGAUGGAAUCGCCUCAGGACCCUGCGUCUUGGGGAUACCGCUUGUCUUCUCUUACAAUGGCUGUGUAUUGGUCGGCGACAUACCAAGCACAGAUCAAAACAAGAACUUACAAGAAUACGUUGGUGUUUGCCCCUGGGGAUCUGUUCAUGGCCACUGCGUAUGCCCCGACCACCGGCUGGUGGAACGGUUUCGCCCAAUUCUACCACCAAGCCCAGACAUGGCAGACGGUAUUUCACGAGAUGGGCCACACAUGGGGAAUGCAUCAUGCAGGAGGCUAUUGGCACACAGGGGAGUUCAAUGCAUACCUGGAUGAUGCGAUCAUGGGCUAUCAACGGGAAUGGCGGGCCGUGGACUGCAAUGCGGUUCAUCGCUACAGGCUCGGUUGGCUUACAGGGGCCGAGACAGUGGAGUUCACCCGAGGGACUGGCUUCGCGAAGACUGUCAAUCUGGCUCCCCUCAAUGAGGGGCCGGAUGGCCCAGAGUUCUUGCUCAUGAAACUCCCGUGCGAUGAGUGCGUGGGGGAUAAGGCAGCUACACCGGGUGAGGGUUUCCUCUACAUCUCCUUCCGUGUGCAGGACGGGCCCAGCUUGUACGGGGUUGGCGGAGAGUCUGAUCCGAUUUAUCUCUUCGACAUCUUCACUCGCCGACGUCUCGUCUUGGCUGACCGCGUCCACGUGCACUUCCAGCCCGAUGUGAAUCAGAAGACCGAGCUGUGGACCACAUUGAACGCGGGAGACACGGUCGCAAUCCCUGCUGCCAACAUGUGGAUCCAUGUCUGCGGCAUCAAUGUUGCGACCCAUGCCAAGGUAAGUGUUUCGGACACUAGCGAAGCUGCAGCGUGGGCAGGGUGCGCGACGCCAGCCCCGACACGAGCACCGACACCAGCACCGUCAGCAGCCGCGACGCCAACACCGACGAUGGCGCCGACACCAUCGCCGACGCUGGCACCGACAGCAGCACCGACGCCAGCGCCGACGCCAACGCCCACGCCAGCACCGACGCCAGCGCCCACGCUGGCACCGACACAAUUUCCGACGCCGGCACCGACACCAGCGCCGACGCCAACGCCAACGCCGGCACCGACGCCAUCGACGCCAGUACCGACGCCAGCGCCCACGCCAGUGCCGACGCCAGCGCCGACGCCAGGGCCGACGCCGGCACCGACGCCAGCGCCGACGCUGGCACCGACGCCAGCACCGACACCAGCGCCGACGCAUGCUCCGACGCCAGCGCCGACACCAGCGCCGACGCCAGCACCGACACCAUCGCCAACGCCGACUCCGACGCAAGCGCCGACAUUCCCAUUGGCGUCUCCAGCGUCGCCGAUGGGAAUAUCGUCUCACGGUGGCAUGGUCUCCGGCAUGGGCGACCCCCACCUCACCAACAUGUACGGUGAGCGUUUCGACUUGUACCAGACGGGCAAGAACGUCCUUCUGCAGAUCCCGCGGUGGAGCACCGGCGGCGAUGCGCUGCUGCGCCUAGAGGCCGACGCCACCCGCAUGGGCGACCUUUGCGCCGACGUGUACUUCCAGAUGGUGGUCAUCUCUGGGGCGUGGACGAACACGACCGAGGAGAUGCGGUUCUUCGCGAACGGUGACACGCUCGGCUUGCCCAGCAGAAUGAAUUGGGCGCGCUUCGGCAAGGUCAGUCUGAAGGUAGUCCACGGCAAGACCAAGGAGGGCACCGAUUACCUCAACGUCUUUGCCAAGAAUCUCGCCCGCGCUGGUCUUCCAGUUGGUGGCCUCCUCGGCAUCGACGACCACACUGCGGCCAGCACCCAGCCUUCCGAGUGCACCCGCUCGUUCUCGCUGUAACGCGGCACUGCGGUCCAGCACACGCGCUUGUUGUGUUGGCUGCUGGUGACCGGCGGCGUGCGGGUGAUUGUCCUGGCUAUCCUCGCCGGGCGCGCCGGCUCGACCCAUCCAGCAAAGGCCCAUUGUACACCGCUUUGUAUAGCGCUUUGUACAGCGACGCUGGUGUGCUGAACGGCCCUUGCGCCCGUCUAAGCUUUGAACGGGCGAAGCGCUUGCGCCAUGCGGUGCGCCGCGGUGCCACGUCGGGGCUUCUUUCUUUGCCUCUUCCAGCGAGGUUGCUGGGACAGAGCAUCAGACCAUAGCCUGGCUGGAUGGAGCAGGCGGGACGAGGUGUCUCCAUGCAGAGAGCGGGCCCGGGAAG